GUAACCUAGACACGUCUGUCAGGCUGUACGCAAACAAUGCGCGUAUUAUAGACAAACAGGCAACGAAACGUGGAAAAACGGAAGACAGGUUAGCAAUUGCCAGAGAAAACGCACAGGGUUGUCGCCACAGUUUUGCGCUAUGCAACUGAAGUGGUAUCUUGGAUGACAGAGGACUUUCAGAAUCUUCCUGUACUCACCUGGACUGUCACCAUAACCUGACGGCGACUAUACGCAAUGGCUCAACAUGUGCCUUGAUAAAGUAUGAGCGAGUUGCCCUCUAAACUGUAAAAAAAAAAAAAAAAAGGACCGAUAGGCGGACACAGAGUCGCCCCAAAACGGAAGCCUACUGAUUAAUGGUCUUCCCCACUCCACAGUUCUCACACAAGGCAGCACCAUGUCCAGGGAGAACGAUGAGCGGGACAGUGGAACUCUGAAGAGACUGAGCAAUGUCUUCUCCAAUAUCAAUGCCAAACUUCACAGAGACCGAGGAGAGAGAGAACCUUCCAGUCCAAAGACGGGCCACCAGUCUCCAGGCUCCUCACGGCUCCAGGAUCAGAGUAGUGCCAGUGGGCAGUUCUUCUUUGAGUACCUGGUGGUAGUCAGCCUCAAGAAGAGACGCGACCAGGAGGGCUACGAGCCUCAGAUCACCUAUCAGUUCCCCAAGCGUGAUGCAAUGGGCCAGUCCCAGAGAGAGGAUGAGGAGAAAUCCCUGAAGGCUAUUCCUCUCUUCUGCUUUCCUGAAGGGGUCAACUGGGCCCCGUUGACUGAGUACACAAGUGAAACCUUCUCUUUCGUUCUGACUGAAAUUGAUGGCAGCAGGCGGAAUGGCUACUGCAGAAGGCUACUGCCGUCUGGGAAAGGUGCUCGGGCCCCAGAAGCCUACUGCAUCAUCAGCAGACUGGCCUGCUUCGGCCUCUUCUCCAAGAUAUUCGACGAGGUGGAAAAGCGCCGGCAGAAGUCGAUGGCCAUGAUCUACCCCUUCAUGCAGAGCCUGAGGGAGGCGUCCAUCCCUGCCCCCGGCCACACGGUCAAGAUCAAGAGCUUCAUUCCCGAGUCUGGCACUGAGAUCAUCAGUCUGACGAGACCAGUAGACUCGUGGCUGGAGCAUGUGGACUUCAGAACACUCUUCCGUUACCUUAGCGAUGAGGAGGUGCUUUUGGUGUUUGCUGCUACAGUGCUGGAACGGCGUAUCAUCUUCAUCGCUGAUGAACUCAGCACGCUGUCUCAGGUCAUCCAUGCUGUCGCUGCCUUGCUGUAUCCGUUCACAUGGCAACAUACCUUCAUCUCCAUCGUGCCUAAGGUGCUCAUCGAUGUCGUCAUGGCGCCCACGCCAUACUUGCUGGGUGUCACACGGAACAUGCUGGACCUAGUCACGGAUCAGAGCGAUGAUGCCGAUCUGUUUAUCGUCGACCUAUCAGAUGGCGCGGAGGAGAAGUUCAUCAUGCGGCUAGGGGAUGAGGACUCCAUAAUUCCACCGAAGUUAAAGGAGGACUUACUCACCGCUCUCAGUGUCCGAGAGCCAAACUCAACUGCAGAGGAGUUGAACAGGGUUAUCUCUGAGGCCUUCCUGUCUUUCUUCGUGAACACGGUGGGCCACUUUGCCAGCCACGUGAAGCAUAAAGGCAGCGGGGGCCAGCCAGGUGUUUUCAACAAGAAGGCUUUCUGCAAGGCCCCCGAGCACAAGGCCAACCGCCAUUUUGUCAAGCAGUUUGUGGAGACGCAAAUGUUUGACAUCUUCAUACAGGAAGUGGAAAAGCAUCCAAAUCGAGAAGGAUUCUUUCAUAAAAAAGUUGCUGAGUAUGAAGAGAAAAGAAAAAGUGAGAAGGUGAAGAAUCUUUGGGGCCGCGUUGGACUCUAAGGCCCAACACAAACACAAAGUAAAUUACUGUAAUGGACCACUGGAGCCUUACUUUAACUGGGACUUCAGUAUGCGUUCUAGAUUUGUUGGAGGCAGGGCUGCUGACAGCUUUGACCAGGCCUAGGACCGAGUCAUCUGAAAGCCCCAGCCCCCAAUACAUACAAUGCAUUGACAACCCAAUUGGGCCCCCCACUGACCUAUAUCAUUGACCUAUAUCUAGGUCAGUGGGUCCCCCGUCUCGGGACAACUGCACCCCCCACCCCCCUGUCGGCUCGCCUGUGGAGGAAUCAUUUUUUUGUCUUUUCUGGCGAAAACCAUACAUCUGUUUAUAGGAGAUGCUGGAAGUCAGCUGAUGUUUUAGAAUUUCAGCCUUUUGCUCUUCAACACCUUGACUGCUGAUACUGUUUGGCCUCAGCAUCCCUUAGGAAAAAGACAUUACUCCCAUGAUUUGACCAGGUGAAAUUGUACUCCUCUCGUGACAGAAGGUUUGGGACUGCUUCAUUGGAGAGCAGUAGCUUUACGAGGACAGGAAUCAGGGACAAUCCACUUUUUUAUUCAUACACUGUCAUAAAUCUUCAAGAAUGGUUUGCAAGAUCAUUUGGUUCUCUAUUGCAGUAUAUAUAUAUUUUUUAGAAUAGUCUUCAUCCACUGUCAUGAAAGGCUAUGACUGUUGAAGUGAAGAGUGGUUAUGUUUUAUUUGCCAAUAUUUAUUGCACUUCCGUGAAAUGCUGUGAAAUGCCAACUGUUUGGUGUGAGCAAUUGGAUCUGUUGGCCAUGUACACACACACUCACUCACACACACACACACGUGUAUUGUGCGCGUACGUACAGCAGGGGUGGGGAACCUAUGUCUCGAGCGCCGUUUGCUGGCUCGAGGGUCCUGAUAUAAUUUUAAUGUUAUGCAGCUUCACAUGAAAUAUGACAUACUUUGUAAAGGACUCUUACUAUUGUAAAGUACAUUUGCAAUACAAUUAAAUUAUAUUCAGGGGAUCUAGAUAAGGUGGGAUCUGUUUUAAAGGUGGCUGCCUUCAAUAAUAGGCCUAAAGGGCAGGGGGGAAGAUCCUGGUGUGUGCUCAUAGUACGGCCCUCGGAGGACUUUUAUGGCCCUUGGUGGAAUUUGAAGUGGCCCCUCGAAUGAAAAAGGUUCCCCACCCCUGCCGUACAGUAUAACAGAGAUUGCUUUUUAAAAGUAUGAAGGAAACAUAUAAAACCUCCACAUGAAGAAAAAACAAUUGAUGGUCUGUCCAGCAGGGCACAAGCUAAUGCUGUAAACGUGAUUGGAUGUUUUCUCUUUCUCUGCAAUUCAUGACAAAU